AUGGCCAUGUCUCAAAGAGCCACCGCCAUUUUGGCAACGAGGCUCAUUGCCUUGAUCGCCACGCUUAUCGCAGCCGUCGUAAUGGCGUCGAGCCACGAGAAAGGCUCCAUCUUUGGAGCCAUAUCUUACGAAGCUAAGUACUCCGACACCCCUGCCUUCAAAUACUUUGUGAUUGCUAAUGUAGUGGUGACAAUUUACGGGUUCCUAGUCCUGUUUCUGCCUUCCGAGAGCCAGCUCUGGAGGCUGGUUUUGGUCUUUGAUUUGGUGCUGACGAUGCUGCUUGUGUCGAGCAUUUCGGCAGCUCUGGCGAUUGCACAAGUUGGGAAGAAAGGCAACUCUCAUGCUGGUUGGUUGCCUGUGUGUAACCAGAUUCCCAAAUACUGCAGCCAGACGACGGCAGCCUUGGUGGCAGGAUUUGUUGGGCUCGUAGUUUACUUUCUUCUUGUUUGCUACUCCAUUCACCGUGAUUUGGAUCCUUUCCUUGUUCGAAAGAAUUAGCCUUUCAUGCACUUUUUACCUCUAGCUCGCUCAACAGAGAAACUAACCUGUUCUAACUGCAAAUAGUGG